AUGCCGUCUAUUGUCAUUGAUGAUGCUGAUCGGCUUCGCCAACUGUGGACGCAGCUGGUGACCGAUGUCACUCCGUCUCACCUCCCAUCCGGUCUCUUCUCCAAGCGAGAGACCAAAUCGACAGUGGGCUGCAUAAGUGUGCCGAUGAGCUUGCCCGCCAUCCAUGACUGUUGCCAAAAGUGUGAUGUAUCUCCAUUGAACGUGGUCCAGGCCGCCUGGACCGCUGUCCUACGCUCAUAUUCUGGAGCAGACAAUGUUAUGUUUGCGGGCAUUGGCAUGAAUCCACGAUCAACCAAGCAUCAAUGGACCAACACAUCAGUGUCCUUGGCUCGGUUGGAGCAGGAUAGCUCCGUUAUAUCUGUUCUCGACACAACCCAGGAAGAAGGCCUGCUCCAAGCUGAGUCCAUGGUCUCCGUCACUGAGGCCUUGCACAUUUUUUCCACAUUAGAACCUAAACCAUGCAAUUCCGCCAUUUGGCUCAAAGAUUCUGAGUCCAAGAGCGAGCUCUCACCCACCGAUGUUGUGAACGAUAAGGCCUUCGACUAUGCUAUUCAGAUCGACUCUUCCCUGUCUCAUCUGGACUUGAUUUUCCACAAACCCACCGUGUCCCGUUCUCAAGCACAUUAUAUCGCCAGUACAUUCACCGAUUACCUCAAGAGUGUCUGCCUGGACCCAUACCAGACGGCAUCGAAUGUGUGCCACCCCAGUGGGUUGGAUAUGCUGCAGAUUGAAACAUGGAACCGCAUCGUUCCAAAGGGAAGCGAUGCUUGCGUCGAUCAGUUGAUUGAGAAAGCUGCCAGAGAAACUCCUGACGCGGCAGCACUGGCGUCAUGGGAUGGAAAUAUGUCAUACUUUGAAUUCAAUCAAGCCGCCAGCAAAUUGGCUUCAUAUUUCGAAUCUGUCGGUAUCCAACGUGGUACGUUGGUCCCAAUUUGCUUCGAUAAAUCCUUGUGGACUAUUGUCACCAUGAUCGCUUUGUGGAAGCUGGGUGCCGCCUGGGUGCCUCUGGACCCAAAGCACCCACGCCAGCGAUUGGAAACAAUUAUCUCCUCAGUGGAAGCGAGCACGGUGAUUGCUUCGGCGUCCAACAAGGACCUUGUGCAGGACAUCACUCCGCAGGUGCUUAUCCUGGACCCCUCCCAAAUUCAGUCUGCCCCUGAUGUUGAAUUCAUCUCCCGUUCACAACCGCAUGACGUGUCAUUCGUCAUGUUCACAUCCGGAAGCACAGGCAAGCCCAAGGGUGUUGUUCAUGACCAUGCUUCCGUCUCUUCUAGCGCACUGAAUCACGCGUCCGCUAUGAAUAUCUCUAAUAAUACUCGCGCACUCCAGUUCGGUGCUUACACGUUCAUUAUCAGCACUUUUGAAAUUUUUACUACCCUAAUUUUUGGUGGAUGUCUCUGCAUUCCGUCGGACCACGACCGACACACUGACAUCCGUCCUGCCAUCCGAUCUUUUGAAGCUAACUGGGCUAUCUUCACUCCCAGCUUUGCCCGCUCGCAACAUCCCGAGGACAUUCCAUCUCUUACCACACUCCUUGUGGCUGGCGAGGCUGUGGCACAGGACAUCAUUGAUCGCUGGGCACCCGUGGCCCAAUUAAUUAAUAUCUAUGGCGCCUCCGAAUGCAGCGUCGUCAUGAUUGGACGCAUGGUGGCAGACACGCCGAGAAGCUGCAUCGGUAGAGCCACCGGUGGCCUCUCGUGGCUUGUCGAUGCCAACGACCAUGACCGGUUAGUUCCCAUUGGCUCUAUCGGCGAACUCGUCAUCGAAGGCCCUAUUUUGGCCCGUGGAUAUCUCGCGGACCCGGAAAAGACACAGGCCGCCUACAUCGAAAACCCGAAGUGGGCCUGCCAGCCCGAGGUCACUCGGCGGUUUUACAAAACCGGCGAUCUCGCUCGCUACGGUGACGAUGGUCGGGUGCACUUGAUUGGACGCAAGGACUUGCAGGUGAAGAUCCGUGGUCAGCGUGUCGAGUUGACUGAGAUCGAAGCCCACAUGCGUGCCAUCAAUAGCUCAGUCAAGACAGCGGUCGCCAUGGUUCAUCCAGGAAGCAAGUCAAUGCUUGCCGCCUUCAUUUCCAACCAGAGUGGAUUUGGGCCUGAGUUCCCCCAUUCUUUCCAUUCUGCCCCAGAUGACAAGAGCUCUGUUGUGUCUCUGGCUGCCCAGAUGAGCCAGCAGCUCACUCAACAGCUGCCGCCAUACAUGAUUCCCUCGGUUUUCCUUCCAUUGGCCUUCAUGCCACUGACGGCCUCGGGAAAGACAGAUCGCCGCCUCAUCGCCUCAUUUGGCGACAGCCUGACAUUGACUGAACUGGCUGUCGUGGCUGGUAACGGAAGUGUGACCGAUCGCCGCAUGCCCACAACAACCACGGAAAUGACUUUGCGCCAGAUCUGGGCUGACAUUCUCCAUUGCCCAGUCGAAGAGAUCGGUGCAGAAUCCAACUUCUUCCACCUGGGUGGUGAUUCUAUUGAGUCCAUGAAUCUCACUCGCCGAUGCCGCGCUGCUGGCUUCCAGCUGCAGGUAGGCGACAUCCUGGGCAAUUUGGUGCUCAGUGACAUGGCCAAGGUUAUGGUUCCUAUUCGAUCCGUGGACAUCCCUGUGGCCACACCGUUCGAGCUGCUUGGUGAGGACGCCGACGAGAUUCGCUCCAACAUCAUUUCGGCCACCGGCAUGCCCUCCAAACUUAUUCAGGAUGCCUACCCUUGCAGUCCCCUGCAGAUGGGUCUUAUGGCUCUGUCCAACAAAAUCCCUGGCUCAUACAUUGCCCGUCAUACUUUGGAACUUCCCAGCAGCGUGACCGUUGCCCGGUUCAAGGAGGUUUGGCAGACGAUCGUCGACAACAACGAUGUUCUCCGCACUAGAAUUGUGGAGACCGAUGCGCACGGCUCUGUGCAGGUGGUGAACCGCGCUCCGAUUUCCUGGGCUCAUGAUACGGACUUGGCCAAGUACAUCGAGUUGGACGAGAAGAUUCCCAUGCAGAUUGGGGAUGCCCUUGCCCACUACGGUAUCAUCGCUGGCCCAACAAACAUUUUCGUGUUAACCAUCCAUCACUCCAUCUACGAUGGUAUGUCGCUGGAGAUGAUUUUCAAUGAUCUUGUUCAGGCAUUUGAAGGUGUCUCUCCACCUGCUCGUACCCAGUUCCGCGAUUUCAUUAAGGAGAUCACGGAGAAGAACAGCGAUAAGGCCACCGAAGAGUAUUGGCGCUCCGAGCUUUCCGAGGGUGAUAUGACUACAUUCCCAACUCUCCCCUCGGCUACCUACCAGCCGCUAGCAAACGAUUCACUCGUUCACACUCUCCAGCUGAACCGUAAAGGUCCGUCGGACUUCACCAACGCGACGCUCAUCCGUGCGGCUUGGUCUUUGGUGCAGGCUCGCUACUGUGACGCCCCUGAGACUGUCUUCGGUUGCACCUUGAGUGGAAGAAACGCACCUGUGCCUGGUGUCGAGGAUAUCGUCGGCGCUGUUAUCGCCACAGUUCCCAUCAAAACUCAAAUCAAUGGAGAGCAACCGGUUGAUGAGUGGCUCCAGCAGAUCAACUCGCACUCAGUCAAAAUGACCCCGGCACAAAACUAUGGCCUACAGAAUAUUGCCCGUGUCGCAGAGGGGGCCGCUGCCGCUUGCAAUUUCCAGACAUUGCUUGUUAUACAACCCGCCAGCUCUGUCGCCGAGUACAGCAUCAUGCAACCAUUCUCUGCCCCCCAAGCCAAUUUCAGCACUGUGGCACUCACACUUGAGUGUAGUCUGGCGGCUGACGGAAGCAUCGAUAUUCAUGUUCACUUUGAUAAUGCUGUUCUGUCUCGCCCUGAGGUGAUGCGCAUCGUGCGCCAGUUUGAGCAUGUCUUGCAGCAACUUGCCUCAGCGCCCACAUGCAAGUUGUCUGACAUUCAGAUCAUUAGUCCGCAAGACAUGGACGAUCUCUCUCAGUGGAACAGUCACAUGCCCGAGACUGUAAAUGACUGUGUUCAUCGUCUUAUCGCGCAGAACAACUUCUCUCAGCCUCACGCCCCGGCCAUUUGUGCUUGGGAUGGUGAGUUGACUUACACUGAGCUGGAGAGUCUGUCGUCGAAGCUAGCUGCCCACCUCAUCAAUGCUGGUGUUGGGCCCGAUGUCUUUGUCCCGCUUUGCUUCGAAAAGUCCAUGUGGACAAUCGUUGCGAUGCUGGCAACGAUGAAGGCUGGCGGUGCCUUUGUGGCCAUGGAUGCGUCCCAGCCCAUCAGUCGCAUGCAGAACGUGAUCAAGGACGUCAACGCUCAGGUCGUCCUCUACUCCGAGGAGCAGCUCAGCCGCGCCCCCGGUCUGGCGGCAAAGGCUAUUGCAGUCGGUCCAGGAAUGCGCGAGCUUAACACCCCUCGGACACCUCCUACACCUGUCGGCCCCUCCAAUGCCGCGUACGUGAUCUUCAGUUCCGGCAGUACGGGAGCGCCCAAGGGCUCUGUUAUUGAACAUCGUGCCUUCUGCACUGCUGCUAUUUCUCAAAAGGAAGGACUUCAGAUGGGUCGUCGCGUCCUGCAGUUCGCAUCCUACGCUUUUGAUGCCAGCAUUUUGGAGAUUCUUUCAACCCUGGUGCAGGGUGGUUGUGUUUGUGUGCCCUCCGAAUCAGAGCGCCGUGGCAACAUUGCCGAGGCCAUUGCUCGCAUGGAGGUCGACUGGGCCGUGUUGACACCAUCCUUCGUUAACACAAUCGACCCAAGCACCGUUCCAACUCUGAAGACCCUGGCUCUUGCUGGUGAGGCCAUGAGCGCAGCUCACGUUGCCGCAUGGACCCCAUACGUUCGAUUGGUCAAUGGAUACGGGCCAUCCGAGUGCUGUGUGUGCACCACGUCGAACCGAAGGGUCCUUCCCGGGACACCGUCCAACAACAUCGGAACUGCUGUUGGCUCUGCAAGCUGGAUUACUGACCGUGAUGAUCACAAUAAGCUUGCUCCAAUUGGUGCCAUCGGUGAGCUGCUUAUCGAAGGUCACAUCCUUGCCCGUCACUACCUUAAUAACCCGGAUAAGACCAACGAUGCUUUCAUUGAGAGGCCCGCGUGGCUUCCGUGGAAACGAUGCCAACGUCUUUACAAGACCGGUGACCUGGUCAAGUAUGCUGCUGAUGGAUCCAUUCUCUUCAUCGGUCGCAAGGACACCCAAGUGAAGAUUCGUGGCCAGCGAGUCGAAUUGGGUGAGAUUGAGUACCAUCUCAACCUCCCGGCCGAGGUGUCGCAGUCUGUGGUCUCAUUCCCCAAACUUGGCCUGUACGCCCACAAGUUGGUUGGAAUUCUCGAACUCACGGCCACUGUCGGCACAGAAUUGAGUCCCGUUCCCCAACCCGAAUUCCAGCGCUCAGGCUUCCAGCUUUCUGCCCUCACUCACAGCCUUUCGGAGACCUUGCCUGUGCACAUGAUUCCUGUCAUUUGGAUCGUGGUGCGCAAGAUCCCCAGUUCUUCCUCCACGAAGAUCGAUCGCAAGGUUGUGGACCAAUGGCUCUCCAAGCUUCCUUCCGACUUCGAGCCCACCCUGGGAAUCACACGCGAAGGUCCAACAACCUCCGCCCUUCGGGCUAAUGAAGACAAGGCUCUCGCCAUAAGCAAAAAAAUUGAAAGCCUCGUCAACCGCGAGGACAGCCCUCUGCAUGGCCGUGACUUCAACAUCUCGUCUAUGGGUAUUGACUCUGUUCAGGUUAUCAGCUUGGCCAGCUUCAUCAAGCAAACCUAUGGCGUCAAAGUCGAUGUGUCACGCGUUCUCGAUGGCCAAAUGACCGUCCGCGGAUUGGCUGCGUUCAUCAAUGCCGAGCUCACAGGUGCAGUCCAGGAUGUGCUUCCCGCAUUCGACGCUAUGAAGGAAGCCGCCGCUCUAGUCAAGGAUAUUGUCAAGAACUCUUGUUCCAAGAAGACAGUCUUUGUUACUGGUGCGACCGGGUUCUUGGGUACCCAGAUUCUGCGACAGCUGUGUGACCGCCCCGAUGUUGGACGGGUGAUUGCGCAUGUUCGCGCCAAGAGCCCCUCAGAUGCAUUCAUUCGGGUCAAGGACGCCGCUGUGCGCGCCCAGUGGUGGUCAGACUACUACUUGACCAAGCUUGACGUUUGGUGCGGUAACUUGGCCUUGCCUCACCUGGGCUUGAAGCCUAAACAAUGGGCCUCGUUAAGUGGUGAGAGCCCCAACGACGGUCUCGUCCAUGCCAUCAUUCACGCUGGCGCUGCUGUCAACUGGAAUGCCGGAACUGAGAUCCUGCGUGCCGCCAAUGUCAACUCUACGGCUGAGCUCAUUAAGGCGGCCAUCAGUUCCCCGGCCCGUCCUCGUCUCUCCUAUGUGUCCGGUGGCUCCCGUUGGAGUGUUGGAGAGAACGACCAGGACAUUGCAAAUGAAAUUGCGCAUGCCAACGGAUACGCUCAGACCAAGUACCUGUCGGAGCUAUUAGUCAAACAAUUUGCCGCCUCACACCCCAACCAGUUCGCCAUUAUCAAGCCCGGAUUGAUCCUCGGAACGCCCGAGGAGGGUGUGGCCAACACUGAUGACUUUGUCUGGCGGUUGGCAUCCGGAGUCGUUGACGCAUGUGCCUUCAGCGACGAUUAUGCCGAUUCGUGGAUGUAUGUCACCAGCAGUACCCGUGUGGCCGAAGAGACCAUCCAGCAAGUCUUCUGCCCUCCUGCAAUGAUGAAGACUGUGACCCACAUGACGGAGGGCAUCACUGAGCGCGAAUUCUGGGAGAUUUUCCACGGCGAGCUCAAGUACCCCCUGCGGAAGGUGGACCACGAUACUUGGCUGGAGACCAUGCGCAAGUCAAUCCAAAAAGACACAAGCUCCCAUCCUCUGUGGCCCGUGUCGCAGGUAUUUGACGCGCUGCAGGGUCGUCUCGGUGGUGAGCCAUUGCAAGACGCGAGCAUUGUCUCGCCAUCUCAAAAGCAGCAUGUCAAGGCUACCAUCCGCCGCAAUGUUCAAUUCCUCGUUGAGGCUGGCUUCAUUGCCAGCCCGACGGGCAAGAAGAUGAAGUAUAUGGCUGAUAAGGUGUUCAAGCGAUCUGGAAAUGUAUGGGAGAAUGUGAAGAGGAUGACCAUCAGUGCACACUGA